GGCGCAGUAAACUCUUGCCCUCGUACUGGACCGCGCGCACUUAAAACUCAUUUGCGAUAUAUACGCAAUAAAUUGGUGCGGUUAUGAUUUUUUAGUGAUGUUUAGUGUUAAUUAAUAAGGUGUAGUUAAGAAUAUUACUUUUAAAGUAAUCGACUGUGCAAAAGUUCGAGAAGUUUUGAAGUUAAUCCGACACCGAUACAUAAUUCAAACAACGAAUUGAGCCAGACUACACCAGAGAGAGCUGGCGAAUACGAGCGACAGCGAUAAAGAAAAACGGAAAAAAAUAAUAGAGAAGCCGAAAAAUGGCGAGGGAAAAAUCUGCACUAACAACAGCGAUCACAAUACUAUCAUUUGCUACCACAGGAGUAUCUUCUCUACAGUGCUAUAAGUGCCUCAUAAACCCACCGUCGGGAGAAAACUACAACACUGCGAAGCGUCUUUGCGUUCACUUCGACUACUCGGAUAAUUUUAUAGUAGAGUGUCCUCACUCUACUAUGUGCAUGAAGCAGGACUUCUAUCUUGACGUACAAAAUGGAGUUAGAAUAACCGGAGUUGAGCGAGACUGCGCGCCUCAAACACACGCGUACCAAGAAUACAAGAACGGAAAAUGGUCCCCUAAAACGGAAAUAUUAGAACCCUAUGAAGAGGGGUGUACUAGCAUCGACAACAAGGGAGAGAGGGCAACAACUAGCAGACAUUGCUACUGCCGCCAGGACCUCUGCAACUCGACAACGAGCACAACACACGAAGGUUACACAGAUAUCAUGGGCGUCAUAGUGGUGUUCAAUCUAAUGAAAUACAUUAACAGUCUUAGGUAGUAAGUGGUACGCGAUGUAGAUGUCGCAGCUGUGGCAACUACCUUUAUUAGCCUUUCAGUUAACAGCCUAGCCUUUUUACAAAAGGGCGCCGUUCAACUUGCGGCCUGACUGAUAUUUAGUCGAUUCGUCUAAUACAACAUUGUAACUAUCUCGUAAUAUCAGCGACAGUAGGUUAAGGUGCCGCUGGGGUGACCCUUGGCCACCCUAAAGCCGCGUAAAAUUAUAUAGCACAUAGUGCAUAAUCAGACAUGGAAAUUUGUAUUAGACGCAUCGGCUGAAACGCAUAGGCUGAAUAUAAUUCAGGCCAUUAGUUAAACGGCAAAAGGCUAGGCUGUUAACUGAAAGGCUAAUUAAGCUAGUUGGCUGCGACAUAGACAUUUGGAAAUUGUUGAGUCAAGAGUAAAAUGUAUAUAAUGGUUAUUGACAUGUGAUAUUAUAUUUAUAAGUAUUUAAGUUAUACUUACAUAUAAUAAAGUAAUCAUAUUCCUCAAAGUUUGGUUUAUUUACGCAACUUAUUUUAUUUUUUACUAGCUAGUACCUACCUGGCGCGUUGCUGCUACAGAAAAAAUAAUUGUAGAAAUAUCGUUUUAAAUUUGGAAUAGGUAUAUUGUUUAAUUAGGUUUGAUAAUACAUUCAUUGAAAUUGAAUGAUAUAUUAUAAAUUUCAAAUAAAUUUGACGGUACGAUACGCGCGCCACCCAUUGUAAGUUAGUUGUAAUAUGCCUAUAACCUUCUCACAAGUGCAAGCAAUAAGUUGACAAAGUUUUAGCGCAAUCUGAUGAACGGUAUGGCAGCGUAUAAAAUGUGAACAAACAAAAAUUAUUUUUUAUAUAUUAGAUUUAUUUAAUACAUGAAAGAGCCAUGCUGCAGCUAAAUGUUAGUUGAAGCACGAAUGGGUCGGCUCAACCGGCUCAUAUGUCAGCUUAAAGCGCUGACAAAUCUCAAGAAGAUUUUUUGAAACAAAUUUUAGCCAAAUUAUGACAUCAUCAUCAUCAUCAUCAUUACAGUCCUUCACAAGUCCACAUAGGCCUCCCCCAAAGAAUGUCACAAAGCACGGUCCUGUGCCACCAGUAUUCAUCGACUUCUUGCAUAUCUUACCAGGUCGUCACUCCAUCUAGUGGGGGGACGCCCUAUACUUUGUCCGCCGGUACGAGGCCGCCACUCGAGAACCUUUUUUCCCCAUCGGUUGUCGGUUCUUCGAGCUAUAUGGCCGGCCCAUUGCCACUUUAGCUUACUAAUCCGUUGAUUAUGACAGUGAAAAAUAUAUUAAGUAUAUCUUAAAUUUAUAUUUGUAUCUAUCUGAAAAAACCCUACCAAUAAAAAUAUCUAUAUAACUUAUCAAUGUACAUUGAUAAAAUUAAUAACAAUAAACCUAGCAAGCUAACAGCAUAGCAAAGUGGCGAAGCAAUCAGUUUUGUAGCGGUUUCUAAUGGUUGCCGUUGAGCAAUCAGUUUCAAAAUAGGAGGUUCAGAUGCCUGGGUGAUCAGUAAUCGAUUGCUGAAAACAGAAUUUGAAAAUUAGAAACCGUUCUCGAGAUAAUCGUGGGACAGACGGACAGACGGACAGACAUCGUGAAAUCAAUAAGUGACUUCGCAAGCUUCGCCACUUAAUAACGUAAGUAUCAUAUUUGAAUACAGAUUGUUGUUGUUUUUAUUUUCGACUAGCGAUCCGCCCCGGCUCUGCACGUGUGAUUUACGGAUCUCAACAACAGCGCCACGUAUUGGGUCUAAAUGUGAAUCUAAACAAUCUAAGGACCCAUUCAAACUCACACAAAAAUUUCUUCAAAAUCGGUCUAGCCACUUUUUAAUUUUAUGAGACCAACGGACAGUAAUUGAUUUUAUAUAUAGAGAUUACUAAACUUAUUUUCAAGAAAUUAAUUGUUUUGUUUUGUAAUAGGUAAGUUACAAGCAUCGUGUCAUCGCUCAUCUCUUUCUAUUCUAUGCAAUCCGACAGUAUGACACUCAUUAGCUGUUCUCAGCGUUUUAAUGCUGCAGGGUUUAGUAUGGUAAAUGUAAAAACUAGAGACCGUUUUUACUGGAAACGAGGCAUUUCAUCUUGGUCCUCAGGGGUAAAAAAGAUUCUUAACUUCAAAUUUCAACUUAAGAUUUCACAGUCACGGUUAGUUUUGGAUGUACGUCAGCACAACUGAUCAAUUUAACUGACCGUGCGCCCAGAAAAAUCCGUUGUUUGCCGCAAGUUAAUAAAUUUCAAAUUAAGAAUUCACGUUUACGGUCUUUUUUUGGAUAUACGUCAGUUCAACUGAUCAGUUUAACUGACCAUGUCUGUCGGCCAUUAGACUGUUUAAGUACAGUCAAAUUAUAAACCGCGAUAGACAGUGUGAUAAUAAUCACGGUUUAUAGUAGACGUAUGUAUGUAUGUAGUAAGUAUCAUCAUCUUCAUUUACAGCCCAAAGUCCACUUUUGAACAUAGCUGUCCCUAAAGAUUGCCUCGCAAAGAGGAUUUUUGUCAUAAUUGCCAUGAUUGGCAGGCGGGUUGGCAACCGCAGUAAAAAAUAUUAAAUCUUCUAAAUCAUACUGGAAUGAAUAUAAGUCAGUUUCAAAAGGAUGUCUUGUCGGAUGUAUUAAACUUCUCGCACCUACAGACGUUGCGUCUGGCAAGAUAUUAGCACAGUUAGCACUAUAUUAAUCUAAAACUUACGCUGGUAUUUAAGAUUAUAUUUGCAUUAGCUUUACUUUUAUUUCUGUACUACUUGUCUUUUUACUCAAUGUUUUUUUUUUGUUAUUUUAAUAUCACCAUUAUAGCCACACACAUCAAUUAGAUUAAAGUAAAGUAAAGUUUUUUUUUUUUAAGUUAUUUAGGUAAUAUUUAGUUAAUUCUUGUGUCGGACACGGCCUUAGAGUAUAAAUAAGCAUAGCUUGCUUAUAAAUACUAUAAGGUCACGGCCAACAACUUACUUUGAAUUGACCAAGACUGCAGACAAUGCGAGAAUCUAAAGAGAAUAAAUUGUCGUAAUAAACCAAUAUGAAUAAUGUGACAGAGACAGAAAUAAUAAAUAUGUAAAUAGAAUAAUAAAAAUAUUUAGUGUUUAUUUUCAAAUUCUUCUAUCAAAAGUCCACUGCUGAAUAAUGAUGGGUAUAUUUACCACAGAUGCCACGCUUGGCAGACGGGUUGGCAACCACAGCUUUUUCUUAUAUUGUAUUGUAAUCAAGAAGAUGACACUGCCAAUCUCCUGUUUUAUUUCCCUCUGUCGCCUUUUACGAGUAUGACACCCACGGAAUGAUAUAGAUUAGUGGACUCUCUUACGCCGCUAUUACAUGACCGUUACUACUUACUACCUAGGUACUUACUAUUUAUAUUAUAUAACUUAGAGUAUACAAAAGCAAGCUUCUUAUAAUAGGUCUGGGAAAAAGUUUCGUCGUAUUUUGUUUGUAAAAAAUUGAAGAAAAAUUUCUUUGAUUGUACAGUUUAAUAUCAAUACAUAUAGGACAUUGAGAAAAAAAAUAGUAAAAAUAAAAACACUUCCGCC